UAUCAUUCUCGAAGACGCUUUCAUGGACAAAAUUAUUUGAAAGAACAACGACUUGUACUUUGAAACACGUCGAUAUUUCGAGACAAAUAGGGCCUAUUUGUCGUUAGCAACAUGGCUAGCCAACGCUCAGCCACUCGUGAAUACAGAGUCGAGCACAGUAAAGUGAAAUGGGAUCCCAAAACGAUGGAGAUUCGAACUCAUUCGGUAGAGAAAGCUCUGGAACCAUUAGUACAGCAAGUCACAACACUGGUUAAUCGCUACAAAUCAUUACGCAAAGCUGGGAAGAGUAAAACUGCACAUCAGCUUGUUCGAGAAAUUGUUGCAGCUAUUGAUAAAUUGAUUCAGGUUGGCCAGGACAUUGCAGACGAUUUUCCUGAAAUCGCUGACGAGAUGUUAAAGGCUUGUCGAGAUACAAAGAAUGCUGGUGAAUUGAUGGGCGUUGAUUCAAAGACGUUCGCGAACGAUCCUCACUCGAAUGAGAAACGUAACGAUAUGAUAAAGUCAGCACGUGCUUUGCUCUCUGCUGUCACGAGAUUGUUGUGUAUUGCUGAUAUGGCUGACGUAUACCGUCUUCUUGCUUCGUUAAAACUUGUUGAAGAAAAAUUGGCUGAGUUAGAAAGGGUGAAAGACCCACAAGCGUUGGUCGCCGCCUUUAAAAGUCUGGGUGUUGAUCUGAUGAGUCUGGCGAAGUUAUCUGGCGCAAGACAAGCAGAUUUGAAAGACCCGCGAAGAAAAGAAGAAAUUGCAGCAGCCAGAGCGAUGUUGAAAGAUGCCAGCAAAAUGCUUCUUACAUCGUCAAAAGUGUAUGUGCAACACCCCGACAUCCAGUCCGCGCACAUAAACAGAAAUUACGUUCUGAAGCAGAUGAGUGAAGCACUUCAGACUAUAUACGGCGCAGCGCAAGCUACUGGGAAGAGCGAACCCAGUCCUUUUGAAGCACCAGGCGCCUUAUCAGGAGCUCUGGAUAACUUUGACGCUAAUUUAGUCAUGGAUCCAGCCGCUUUCUUGGAGAAACGAACUCAGAUCAGAAUCGAGGAACAAUUAGAGAGAAUUUUGGCCGGUGCUCGAAGGUUAUCAGAUCUUCCAACAACACGUGUGUCAACUCGGGAGAAGUUACUUCUAGAGUGCGCAAAUGUACGAAACGCAUUGCACGAACUCGUCGCUGUAUAUGUUAAUUAUGCCCAGACAAAGCGAAGACAAAAACCAGGCGACGAACUUGAUCAAUCUAUUCAGAACAUGACAGAAAGAACACAAGAUCUUAGAAAACAGAUGAGGGUUGCAGUGGCUGAUCAUAUCUCAGACACAUUCCUGGAUACCUUGGUGCCUUUGAUGUUGCUGGUAGAGGCCGCUCAAGACGGAAAUCAGAAAGAAGUUGAAGAAUGUGCAAUCGUCUUUACAGAGGGUGCUGCGAAACUGGAAGAGGUCGCAAACUUAGCAUGUUCUGUUUCAAGUAACGCUGAAGGAGUUAAACUUGUCCGUGUUGUCACGAAGAAUAUCCAUGCAUUAUGCCCUCAGGUGAUCAACGCAGCGCGGACAUUAGCAGCGAGACCUCGAAGCAGAGCUGCGCGGGAAAAUAUGGACGUUUUCAAAACUUCUUGGGAGAACCAAGUUCAUCUUCUUGUUGACGCUGUUGAUGAAAUUACCGGCGUCGAUGAAUUCCUUGCUGUUUCAGAAAAUCACAUCGGCGAGGAUGUUGAGACGUGUAUCCAGGCUUUGAAACAAAGAGAUGUGGAGACAUUAGAUAGAUCUGCUGGUCUGAUUCGUGGUCGAACAGAGCGCGUUAUUUCAGUUGUGUUGACUGAAAUGGAGAAUUUUGAGCAAGGUCCAUACACGGAAGGCGUUCAAAAGACAGUCAGGUCUCUCAAAGAAGACAUCAUUCCAAGAUUUGCGGAUGUCGUUGAAUCAACAGUGGAAACACUGAGUCAGAAUCCUAGAGCGAGAAUCGAUGAAGAACGUGUCAUACAAACAUCACAACUUGUUUACGACGCCAUCAGAGAUGUCAGGAAAGCGGUCAUGUUAAAAUCGAAACGUUUCGCUGAUGGCAAUGUGAUGGGAGUGGAUGAAAUCUACACAGCUGAGGUUCGAAAACAACAAGAAUUGGCCGUUGCCAAGGAAGAAGCUGCGUAUGAACAGUUGCAAGCCGCAGGGAAAGUUCAUUACGACAUCCGGGCAUCGGGAGGUGACGACAUUGGUGGAAUGGGAGUGGCCUCUAUCAAGGUCAACGGCGUCGAGUAUUGUCACAAGAGACUGGGCCAUAAUGUCGUAGUCUUAGACCCCGCUGGACAGUUCGUUGCGUCUCGUAAUUUUGACACGACCACGCAAGAAGGUGGCGUCGCAAUGGGAAGAUUUCUGGACGAUUUACCAGAAGAUCAUAUCGUGCUGAUAGCCACGCAGGAAACGACAGGAGCUGGAGUCGAGCACGCUGGGCCUGCGUUAGAGAGGCUGGGUGCUAAAGGGCCUUUCAAUCCAGGUUACAGAUCCUCGUGGGCAUUUGCGGGCUACACUGGACCCGAUCCUAAACCAUGGAUUCGAGAAGAAAGUCGUUCUGCAGAGCAGGGCCCAACUUUGGUAUCGAACCUCAUUUAUACACCCGCUUAUGAACAAGGCAAAAUCAAGAUCGUUAUUCGCGCUGAAGGCUCGGAUGAUCCCGAUAAACAAGGUCAUUGUAGCAUCAAAGUGAACGGUGUCGAACGUAGUUUAAAAUUACGAGGACAUAACUUGGUUGUUUUGGAUGAUAGCGGAAACUUCGUUACGUCAGGAACUUUCGAUACAGGAGACACAUCCAGAGACGAGGGCAGAGCUAUGGCGAGGUUCCUCGAUGGUUUACCAAACGAGAGGAUAGUUUUGAUCGCGACACAAGAUACGAAGGGUGUUGGGGUGAACGAAGCAAAAGACUCUCUGGCCCGCAUCGGAGCGACUGGUAACGUCAAUCCAGGUCCAGGAGGAUCGUGGGUGUUCAUGGGAUACACAGGGCCCGAUGGUGUUGAUUGGGUGACACAGAUGGCUAGACCGAGACACAAGGGACCUUGUGUUGUGUCGGAGUUUAUCACAUUACCCGCGGCUGCCAAGGCUAUCGUGGAGGAACAAGUUCGUCCUCCUUCUGGCGAGGUUGAUGCUUACGAAUAUGAGGCUGAGCCCGGACAAGAAAGCGACGAUGAAGAAGAUCUUGAUCUUUCUGAGCGAAGCGACAGGGCAAAAAUGAGAGCGUUACCUGCCGAAGAGAAGGCGAAGAUCGAACGAUUAUCAACGGAAUUGAGAUCGGAGAAAUCUCGGUUUGAAAAUAUGUUAUCGCAGUGGGAUGAGUCUGGUAACGAGAUUGUUGUCUUGGCGAAGAAAAUGUGCAUGAUGAUGAUGGAUAUGUCUGACUUUACGAGGGGCACAGGUCCUCUGAAAACAACCAUGGAUGUUAUCAAUGCUGCAAAGCGAAUCGCCCGAUCUGGUGCUAGAAUGAACCAGUUAGCAACAGAAGUGGCAGAGAAGUGUCCUCACUCGCAGUCAAAGAAUGAUCUCUUAGCUUAUAUUCAACGUAUUUCUUUAUUCUCGCAUCAACUGACGAUCACAAGCCGAGUGAAAGCUGAUAUUCAAACCAUCAGCGGAGUUGAAGUUGUCUCCGCGCUGGAAAGUGCAACGUCUUUAAUUACGUCUGCAAAGAAUUUAAUGAACGCUGUCAUUUUAACAGUGAAGGCCUCAUACGUUGCUUCAACGAAGUAUCGUGGCUCAAACAGAUCAGCUAUAAACUGGAAGAUGAAAGCCCCUGGUAAGAAGCCGCUGAUCAGCUCUCAACCAACUGCGGACCCAAGAGAACGGGUUACGACAAAAUCUACGCGUCAGCGCGAGCAAACUCCGCUCCAAGCCCUCAGCGAAUUUGACACUGGUACGCCAAGGAAAAGAACCGACUUUUAGAAUUUUUUUUAGAAUCAUAGGUAUUUAUACGUGAUAUUAUUGUCUUGGUUAUUUUCAAUACGCCCAAAUGAAUUUUGAAUUCGCGACCUCCGUUCUUUGCAAACAUUCUGGUUUAAGAAAUUGUGUAAUUUCUAAGCAAAAUAGAUUCACAACUUCAAAUGUUCAUACAGAAAUCUCGACCUAGUCAUUUGCUUUGUUCUGGAGUGGAGAUACCGUGUUGUGAAGGUUAUUUGUUCGGGAAUUAUGUCUGUUAUUUUAAGCCAGAGCUUAAAAAAUAUGCACAAACACAUUACCUCUUGCUUAAGAAGCAAUACGUUUUGUUCGAAAUGAAUUGCCCGUCAUAUAAUCAAUCAUUGCGCCACAAGCUUGCGUGAUGAAAUGGAUAUAAAAAAAUCUAAAAUACCAUCAACUCCGACUGUCGAUAUGUUCUUUGUCUGAGGUUUGUAAAGAACUAUUUAGACCACAAUGUAAUGUAGUUAUGAAUUAUGAUGUUCAACGUUAGAAAUUUUGGAGUUUUUAUUGUUGUGAUGUCAGUGUGUGCGUACAAAAUAAACGUGUUAUUUUUUUGUUAA